AUGACAUCUCCCACUGCACCUUUGACAGUGCCAAUGUUCAACUUUGAUGGCUGUUCUUUCACCACUCCUGGCAUCACACGGGAAGUUCCAGUCCCUCAUGAUGUACUUACUCCAGCAGCGCAUACCACAGCAGCACCUACCUCAGAAGUGCCUACCUCAGUAGCGCCUACCCCAGCAGUGCCUACCUCACAAGCACCUACCUCACAAGCACCUACCCCAGCAGUGCCUACCCCAGCAGUGCCUACCUCACAAGCACCUACCUCACAAGCACCUACCCCAGCAGUGCCUACCCCAGUAGCACCUACCCCAACAGCACCUACCCCCCCAGCAGCACUUAGCCCAGCAGCGCCUACCCCAGCAGUGCCUACCUCACAAGCACCUACCUCACAAGCACCUACCCCAGCAGUGCCUACCCCAGUAGCACCUACCCCAACAGCACCUACCCCCCCAGCAGCACUUAGCCCAGCAGCGCCUACCCCAGCAGCACUUACCCAUCCACAGCCUACCCAAUCUUCUACUAACCCAUCCCCCUCAGUCGAUAUCCCUCUCCGGAAGACAGGUCGGGUUUGUCAGGAGUCAACACGCAUGGCACAAGCGAACAUGAUAGGUGAGAGUGCGAAGAGACUUAGGACAGGCGAGGUGGAGAACGCCACUCAAAAGAAGAAACGCAAAUCCGGCACCUGA